AUGAGGACAUUUAGACUCGUCAACACUGCCACCUGGGCAGUUGAGUCUUUUGAGAUUGGACAGGCGCCGCCCUAUCUAGCCAUUUCUCACGCCUGGUCGGACUGCAUCUUUCCCAAACAUGGGAACUUUGGCCAGUCAUUCGGCAGCGGUGCCAUUAGGCAAACGAUCCAACAACGAGGUCUCCAUCAAGUGGGAUACUGCUGGAUCGACCUAUUCUGCAUCAUUCAAGACUCCGAGGACGACAUGUGCGAGCAGAUGCCGCUCAUGAGCCACAUAUAUGGCGAUGCCAAAGUCGUCUUAAUCAUCCUUACAAACAAACUAAACCUGACGCAAGAGCAAGUCGACCACGGCUCGGCCGAGCUGGACGAGGCCCUCGCUAUCUGGGACGCGGAGUCAUGGACAGACGAAGGUGCCAGAGAGUACUGGGUCCUUGGGCCUGGGCGAGCCAAGCUUGUGCAAGCCAUGGAAGUACUCUCCCGCUUCACGAGCGCCGCCUGGGGCACGCGCGUCUGGACGCUGCAGGAGUAUUUGCUCGCGGCGGAUGUCCUGUGGAUCGGCGCCGAUCUGGAGCCCGUCUCGAUCAGCGAUGAGCUCUUUGUCGCCAUCCCCAGGCUCUGCGAGGAGUGGGAGCUGCUCUUUUCUCACUUCUCCGGCAUGGCGGCGCGGCGCACCGGCGCGACGGACCCGACGCGGGUGAUGGAGAUGUUCGGCAACCGGCGGGCCUUCCUCCCCGUCGACGAGGUGUACGGCGCCAUGGCCGUCUCGACCGUCGAGAUCGGCGUCCGGCCGCGCGAGUCGAGGGAGAGCGCGUGGAGGAGGUGGACGCAGGCGGCGCUUGCGGCCGGGCACCUGCGCUGGCUGAUGGUGCCCCCUGCCAUGCCGGCUGCCGGCGACGACGCCGCUGAGCUUACGUGCGAGGGUGUUCCCUGCCCGAAGCGACACAUGCUGUCGGCUGCCUCAGGGCUGGACGCCGUGACGCCGUACGGGCCGGUGAUUGUCUCCGAAAAUACGGUGCGCUUCGCCGCGCGACGAAUCGGAACUUGUACCGUUCUGCAUAAACUUGGUCCGGUGUACCGGUGCAGCAGCGAUUUCGUACAUCGCGACCUGACUCUCAUUCUCUACGCUCGCGGCGUUUGGUCAUCCGCCAUCGACAUCGCCGUCGCAUUCGGCGCUGGGCGAUACUCUAACAAGCAAAUCAUCAUGAUUGCGCAGAUCCUUGCAAACAAUUACCAGCGUGCGCUUCACUUCAUCAAGAAACGCGCGGAAAACAAGUUCUAUCCCAUAUUAGAGUCAGAGCGGUACAGGUUCGUCUGGGCUGAUCUUAUGCAGCUACAGUCGCAGUCUGUCAUGGACACGCUCAACUUUGGCUUUGGACAUCUCAUUCGCGUCAAGUGUCCCGCGACGCAUAUACCAUUCGUAACGGUGCUAGCCACGAAUGGACGCUGCCCAGAUGGUGACCUCGUGGCGUUUGACUGCAACGCUCGGAGCGGUGACCGGCGCCACACGCUGUUGAUAGCAGAGAGGUCGGCCGCCGACGCGCAGAAGCAGGACGGCGACCCUGAUGCUCCGUGGCACAAAGCUGGAGUUACGAUUUCGGUGGGCAAAGACUACGCGACUGCGUGGGAUCUCAUCCCGCUUUCUGAGAUCAGCGUCGGAGGAUUGAAUUGCAAAGUUUGCAAACAGGAUUCUGCUCCCGAUGGUGCUGUACGGACACCGAUCGCAACUCCAAGCCCUAGACGCGAUUAUGCUAGGAAUAUGCGUCUUCAGAUUGAAGACAUCAAGUGCUGCGAGCAAUGA